UGCUUUGCUAUGCCUUGGGCCUUGGGCAAUAUUUGGCUGAAAUGAUGGUUUGUACAUGCACCAAGGGUGUCAUAUGGUUGCAUAUUUGCUUGGUGUCUCACAUCGCCACCGGUGUCAAGCCAAAGUCAGGCAGCCUAAGGGCAACCAUGUGUUCCAGAUGAACGAAGUGCAUCCCAGUGCUGAAAGCCAAAAGGGCUUCCUCAAGAGACCGGCAGCUCCAAGCUCGCGGCAAGUACGAAUCCUUUCAUAUCCUUUCCCAGUUCAGCUUAGUUCAGCCAGUUCGCUCCUCGUUCUUGGUGGAUGUGGAUGGUUACGUUGCAAAAGGAACUGCAGUGACCUGCAGACUUCCCCAAACAGUUCUUGCACCAGCACUUUGGGCGACGGUUCAGUGACCAGCCCUCAGAAGCAGCGUGGUUGCGCUGCCUCUGUGCGCACCAAAACAGCUCCGGUCAUCGGUGCUUCCCGUAUCCAUCUGGGCAACGUGAGCUUCGGCAAGAUGGAGAGUGAUGCCUCCGACAAGAACAUUGCCUACAUGUAGGAUGAUGAGGCAGAUGGAUGGCCAAACCACUUGUUAGACGGAAAGACCCCAUGUAGAGGUCAAUAGCUGCCUACGCCAGAA